AUGUCGACAUCUUCGGCCGCGCCCGAGUCUUGGAUCACGAGCUUUUGUUCCCUGCUCGGGCACGAAUAUUUCGCAGAGGUGUCUGAGGAUUUUAUUGAAGAUGACUUCAACCUGACAGGCUUGCAGACGCAAGUGGACAUGUACAAGGAGGCUUUGGAGAUGAUCCUCGAUGUGGAACCUGAAGAAGACGACGAAGAUCUCGAGGAGGAUGAGGAAGACUUCGACAAUGAAUCCGCCAUGGAGCAUAGCUCGCGUUUUGGCAACGAGAGAAGAACCCACGCCAGAAUUGCCAGCGAUCUCACCGUCAUUGAAUCUUCCGCGGAGCUACUCUACGGUCUUAUUCAUCAGAGAUUCAUUUGCUCACGAGUCGGAAUACAACAGAUGAGCGAAAAGUACGAAUUGGGACACUUUGGCUCCUGCCCGCGCACGCACUGCGAACAAUCGCGCACUCUCCCGGUGGGAUUGUCUGAUAUCCCUGGCGAGGACACAGUCAAGCUUUUCUGCCCCGCCUGUCUCGACGUUUACGUCCCUCCUAACAGCCGCUUCCAAACCGUCGAUGGCGCCUUCUUUGGCCGAACUUUUGGCGCUCUCUUCCUCAUGACCUUUCCCGAGUAUGAUCUCACGCGCCGUGGCUCAGAGGCGCUGACCUCCAUCAACACUCGCAUUCCAAUCGGCGACGGCGAGGGAAUUGUAAACGGCAUGUAUGCCAAGAACAUUGCCCCUGGCCUCGGCCCCGGCCGGAUAUAUGAGCCCAAGAUUUACGGUUUCAAGGUGUCGGAGCGCGCUCGCACAGGCCCCCGCAUGCGAUGGCUAAGAGAACGCCCUGCCGAUGUCACCGAGCUAGAUGAGGCUCGGCUCUAUCUACAACAGCACCCCGACUCGGACGACGAGGAAGCCGCCGCCACCAGCCGCGCCAUCGUGCGCCGGCGGCCACCAGGCAACACACGUCUCCGCCAAAGGCAGAACCAACCUCAAAACGGUAGCCCAAUGGCCCUGUCCACCAAUGGCGCUGAAUCCGAGCUGUAG